AUGCGAGACGGGUCCAAACCUGGCCCCAGUGGAGGCUCAUCAGGGCAGGCGUUUGACACGGAUUUCGAAGGAUCUGCAGGUGUGGAAGACAGCUAUGAGGAGCUGGCGUCUCUGAGGACACUUCUCCAUUUUCCAGAGGAAGUCGCCCUGAGGCUGACAGACACAGAAUAUAAAUUGUUUUAUCAAGUCCCGCCAAUAGAUUAUCUACGUCAAGUGACGCUGGAUCUUGGUGGCGAGGGUGUGCUGGGAACAGUCACCGAACGGCAUAUGAUAAGGCGCCCACCAGCCACCCAUACACCAACAGUGAAGAGCAGCGUCCGGUCUCUCAUUCGUAGAUUUAACGAGGUAAGUCUUUUUUGUUUGGGCAAACGGGCAGGAGGCUCACCUGAUUUUAGGUGA